AUGGUCUUCGUUACGACCUUACUUCGAUGUCCAUACGUCAAACGUGCUGCUAACAAGCUAAGCCUUCUACUACGAUGUUACGCAGACCGUUGCAGACAAGCAGCCGUGCUCAGUGCGUUUACGCUGCGCUGCGCUGCCACUACGACAUUGAAGACCAUACUACGACGCUACACAGACCUAGAUGACUGUGGCUGCGAAGAAAACAGUUGGUGUGGUGCGAAUGAAAAAUGCUUGAAGGACAAUUACGGAGACCUAGGCGAUAUUGGUUCUUGCGUCUGCGAAAAUGACGACGUGCGAAUUAGUAGGAUUUGUAGAAAAGUUGAUGUUAUGAUUGGUGAACACUGUGUAUUUGAUAUACAAUGCAGCAAAGCAGGGUAUAAUAGAGUAUGUGACAAUGCAACCUCUACGUGUUUAUGUGUCGAAGGAUUAACAGAGAUUGAAGGACAUUGCUUACAAACUGAUUUAGAAGUCAAUCAAACCUGUUGGUAUGAUGAACAGUGUAAUGGAACUACAAACUCAAGUGUUUGUAGAAAGAACAUGUGUGUCUGUAUGGAUGAACAUUAUUUUGCAAAUGGAACAUGUCAACCAUCUAAAAAAGAAUUGCCAACUGCUGAAACUGAAACAUCAAAGAGUUUACAACCAUUUCAAGAACAUGGAGACUCAAGCGUUACACAAAAUGUUGCUGCUGUUAUUGGAGGAUUCGUGUUUGGUAUUCUGACAUGUCUUGCGGUUAUGUAUGUAAUGCAUGUACGGAGAAGGAGAAGGAAGCACAACCGAAACACUGAAGCCAAAUUUGUGAACAACAUCAGCUAUGAAAAAGAUUUGCCAACUAGCAUUCAAAAGGAUACAAAGAACCUGCAACAAGCGAAAAUUUCACACGUGAAACCAAUUAUCAAAGGGGAUCCUGAAUAUUCCAAUACACAUCAAGUAAAAUCAGAAACUAAUGAUAUUUACAAUCAUCUUAAUGAAAAAAUAGAAGAUGACACUAUAGAUGUUUAUGACCACGCCCUAACAGGUGCCACCUCUGGGAUGUCAAAUGAAGAGGAAUAUACACAUCUGAGCAGAUAAACAGGGCAGUCAACCCAUCCUCAGACUAGAUUUGUUCCACAUAGUGACUAUGCUGUAUCUAAAACUUCUGAAGAUUUACAUGACUAUUUUACCUUCGAAAAAGGGGGAAUAGGAAAAACUCUUUUAAACAUUCAUCUUACAAUUUCAAUGAUAUGAUAUAAUUCUUAUUUUUAUAUCAGUUGUAGCUUACCUGAGCUUAAUAGCUAAAUGCUGACUUUUUCUG